CUGGGUCAGGUGGUUACGGCCGGGAGGCGUCGCAGCCCGGCGUGGUAGGGCUGUGCUGCGGGGUCCUUCCCAGUCGCUCUUGCCUGGCGCUGUCUGGCGUGGGCAGGCCGCACCUUCGCCACUUCCAGGAAGAGCCACGACUGCCGUCGGACCACAGCGCGGCGGCCAGUUAUAGUUUCAUUCAGAAAAACAUAUGGAGACAUUUAUGCCCAUUGAUUUAACAACUGAAAAUCAAGAGAUGGACGAGGUGGAAACCAACAUAAAACCAAGACUUUUAAAAUACGAAGAACAAAAAUAUAAAGAUGUAAAACCAUCAGAGACUCAACCAGCUGAAAUGGCAGAAAAAGAAACAUUGAAAUGUAAAACAAGUAGAACAUUCUUUGAAUCUUUGAAGUCAGAGAAAAUAGAAGAUUACCUUAAAGAAAGUAUAACUCAACAACAUAUGCUUUCUCUAGAACCAACUUCUCUUAAGGAGAAAGGGAAAUCAAGAGGAAAAAAGGAGCAAACUCAUGCUUGUCCAAAAGUUAGGAAAGCCAGGCCUGUGUCAUAUGAUAGAACAGAACCAGAAGAUGAUGAUGUGAUAAGAAAUAUUAUUAGGCUACGAGAUAAGCUUGGUUGGCAAACUAUAUUACCACAGCACAGUUUGAAAUAUGGAAGUUCCAAAAUUGCAGUUCCGAAGAUUACUUUAAAGAAACCUUUGCAAGAUGAUGGAGAAUUUGUAUAUUGCCUUCCUCGGAAAAGUCCUAAAUCCCUCUACAAUCCAUAUGAUCUUCAGGUGGUCUCAGCUCAUACAGCUAAACAUUGCAAAGAAUUUUGGAUUAUUACUGCUUCAUUUAUCUCAAAGGUUAUUAAUAUAGUUGGUAGUAUAAAAGAAGUAGAACUCAUAUCUACUUUGGAAUGGCUAUCAGAAAGAAGACAUUACUACUUAUUACGGCAGUUCAAGAUAUUUUCUGGUUUCCGAAUUAAUAAAGCAUUUGUCACCUGGAAAUUGAAUGUUAAACGAAUUAAGACAGAGAAGAGCAGGUCAUUUUUGUACCACCAUCUUUUUUUGGCUGAUGACUUAUUUCAAGCCUGUUUGCUGUAUAUAAGAGGACUUUGUGAAGACGCAAUUAAUCUCAAAAAUUAUAAUGAACAUGAAAAUAAUCUGUCUGCCAUAUGCCUUGUAAAGCUGGAUAGUUCUCGAACAUAUUCUCUAGAUGAAUUUUGUGAAGAGCAAUUACAGCAAGCUACCCAGGCACUGAAACAACUUGAGGACAUCAGAGAUAAAGCAAUUUCAGAGAUGAAAAGUACUUUUUUAAAGGUUGCAGAAAAAAAUGAAAUAAAAGAGUAUUUUGAGUCAAAACUCUCUGAAGAUGACACAACACAUUUCAAGCUGCCUAAAUGUCAACAUUUAUUAGAAACGUUUUUCAAGUUUGUGAUGGUGGUUGACUACAUAUUUCAGGAACUUAUUCGUCAACUUAUGAACACUGCAGUCACACUACUUUUGGAAUUAUUUAAUGGCUCUGCUGGAAUGCCAUUUUCAAUGGAAAAAAAGAAUGAAAAUCUCAUCAGAACAUUCAAGGUCAACUCUUUUCCUGCUGGAAAGAUAGCAAAUGAUUGUGAAGAACUUGCUGAUAAUGUAAAGUCACAUGCUAUUUCUGUUAAAAAGUCAGACGUAAAAGCAAACCCUGAUAUUAAUGAGAUUUUGAAUAGUGCUGAAGUGGAGAAGGAUUUGAGGAAAACAUAUGCACCAAUAUUUGAAGUAAAUCUACACUUGAGAAUUCCUGCUGAGAGUGAUUCUUCAGAAAAUUCUAAAGAGAACUUUAAUGAGUCUGACCAGUGCCCUGAAAAGUGUGUGAUGUUUGAAGAUGAAAUGUCAGAACAUAAAGAAAAUUGUGUCAAAAAACACUCAAGUAGAGAAUUGCUCCCACAAGCCAAGAAAUCAAAAGAAAUUAGUUACAAUCCUGAAGAUAUUCUUUCAGAUACAGAAAUUGAGACUGAGUUUGAGAAUAAAUCCAUAUAUUAUGAAUUUCCAGAAUUUCCUACAAAUCUCUUUAUAGUUCCCAACAGAUUGGAAUUUUCAGUAAAAAUUCAAAAUAUGUUGACUAAUAUGGAAAAAUGUAUAACCACAAUUACGCCUUUUUGCCAAGAUCCCCACCUGUCUAUCUUCAUUGAUUUGGUUUCAAUUGUGGAUUUACCUAAUAAGACAGGAAGCAUAAUACAAUAUACAGAGCAGAACAAAUGGCCAGAUUGUCACAUCCUUUUUGAAAUGGAUCCUGCCUACCAAAAUAUAAUUGUGAAUCUCCUGACUAUUAUUGGUAAUUCAAUGGGCCUAGUUAAUGCUUACAGCUGCAAGUUUAUAAAGUAUUGUACCAUGGUAGAGAAGGCAAAAAUCAUGAGUAUGAAAAUGUCACCUAUGGGAGAAUUAACUUCAAAAGAAUUUAAAGCUAUCCUAAAUAGAUUCAGAAACUAUUUUAGACAUAUUGUGAAUAUGGCCAUUGAGAAGCGGAUUGGUAUUUUUAAUGUUGUAACUCUUGAUUAUCAAUCAGAAUGUUUACCGUAUGUUGACAACAUCAUACAUAUGAGCCACACCCUCAUGCAAUCUGUAAUUGAAAAGAAGAGCAAAAACUUCUUGGAAGUUGUAGAAUCAUCAUUGCAACAGCUGGAAUGUGAUCCCACUGAAAUAGAAGAAUUUGUGGAGCAUUUCAUUUUUUUGAAUACAAUUUCCUCAAAAAUACCUAAAUUAGAAAAAGAAUACUUAACAAUUUCUCAGCUAUAUUCUGUCGUAAAGCAUUACCAGAUCCAUAUUUCAGAAGAGCAAAUUGCCGUAUACAAGGUUCUUCUUCUUAAGUUUAGUCAACUAAAAUCAUCUAUGAAGUUAAGUAAAAUAAAUAAAAACACUGCUAUGACUAAAUUCAGAGAUAAUUUGGAAGCAUGUAUCAGUGGUCUACGUGUUGACGUUAGCAAUUUAAAAGCCAAAAUAAGAACUCCUCUUCUGUUAUGUGCUGGCAUUCAAGUGACAACAGCAAUGGAAAUGAUCCAAACUCUCUCAGGGGAAGCUGAAAUUUUAACUAACAAAGCUAAAGCAUAUUCAAGCUAUCAGGAUUGUUUCAGUGAUUCUCAAUCUCACAUACAUUCUGUUAAUAUGGAAGAAAUUACACAGAUUGUGCUUUCAGAGAUCUCUGACAUUGAAUGUGACUUGACUUUGAGAAAAAAAUUAUGGGAAGCACAAGACGAGUGGAGGAAAUCUUCUUGGGAAUGGACAAAUAGUUCUCUCCAAAGUAUUGAUGGAGAAGCAGUACAGAGAAAUGUUUCAAAACUGAUGGACAUAAUCUUGGUACUAGAAAAAGGUUUGCCUAAAAACAGUAUGUUAACACAUCUUAAGCAAGUGAUAACAGAGUUUAAACGAGAGCUGCCUAUCAUUAUAGCUCUGGGAAAUCCCUGUCUCAAGCCAAGGCAUUGGGAAGCUCUCCAAGAGAUUAUUGGGAAGUCAGUUCCCCUUGAUAAAAACUGUAAAAUAGAGAAUCUUCUAGCUCUCAAGAUGUUGCAAUAUGAAAAUGAAAUAAAAGAUAUAUCAACCUCAGCAACUAAUGAAGCGGCUCUUGAAAAAAUACUAUUUAAGAUUAUUGAUUUUUGGAGCACUACUCCUUUGCAUUUAGUUCUUCAUCACACAGAGGUUUACUCUAUCUUCAUAAUUCCAUCUAUAGAUGACAUAUCAGCUCAGUUAGAAGAGUCUCAAGUCAUACUUGCAACAAUUAAAGGAUCUCCCCACAUUGGGCCCAUUAAGGAUCUUGUGAAUGAAUGGGAUCAAAACUUGACUCUCUUCUCUUACACCCUUGAGGAAUGGAUGAAUUGCCAAAGAAAUUGGCUUUAUCUUGAACCAAUCUUUCUUUCUUCAGAAAUACAAAGGCAACUCCCAGCAGAAACAAAACUUUUCUCUCAAGUGAUUUCCAUGUGGAAAAAAAUAAUGUCAAAAGUACAAAAUAAACUGAAUGCUUUGCAAAUAACCACCUCUGCAGGAGUCCUUGAAAUUCUGCAAAAUUGUAAUAUACAUCUUGAACAUAUAAAGAAAAGCCUUGAGGAUUACCUUGAAGUUAAAAGAUUAAUUUUCCCAAGAUUUUACUUUCUCAGCAAUGCUGAACUUCUUGAUAUUCUAGCUGACAGCAGCAAUCCCGAGUCUGUGCAGCCUCAUCUUGUAAAAUGUUUUGAAAAUAUAAAACAAUUAUUGAUAUGGAAAGAAGACAUUGGCCCUCCUGCUGUAAAAAUGCUAAUAUCUGCUGAAGGGGAAGGUCUCAUGCUGCCAAAGAAAAUUCGUGUAAGAAGUGCUGUAGAACAGUGGCUGAUAAAUGUAGAAAAAAGCAUGUUCGAGGUGCUAAAAAAAUUUGUAAGCCAAGGGAUUGAAGACUGGAACUGCCAGAUGUUUUCCCUAUGGGUGUUAUCUCAUCCAGGACAAGUGGUACUUACUGUGAGCCAGAUCACAUUUUAUAAUGAUUGUAUUAAAAGUUUUGCGAGUUCUCAUUCAAGAAAAAAAUUGGAAAAAGUCCACGCUGGUCUGAUAUGUCAUCUAGAAGAGGUUGCAGAGCUGGUAGUGCUGGAUACUAGUAACUCUCGAACAAAAGCUGUACUAGAGGCACUGCUUACCCUUUAUGUUCACUGCAGAGAUAUAGUGAUAAAUUUACUGCUAAAAAAUAUCUUCAAUGCAGAGGAUUUUGAGUGGACAAGACAUUUGCAAUAUAAGUGGAAUGAAAAACAAAAGUUGUGCUAUGUAUCUCAAGGAAAUGCUAGCUUUACUUAUGGCUAUGAAUACUUGGGCUGUACCUCAAGAUUGGUUAUUACACCUCUCACAGACCGAUGCUGGCUGACUCUCAUGGAAGCACUACACUUGAAUGUAGGAGGCUGUCCUGCUGGUCCAGCUGGUACAGGAAAAACUGAGACUGUUAAAGACCUAGCAAAAUCCUUAGGCAAACAUUGUGUGGUCUUCAACUGUUUUGAGGAUUUGGACUAUAAGAUAGUGAGAAAAUUUUUCUUUGGACUAGUUCAGUCAGGAGCGUGGUGUUGUUUCGAUGAAUUCAAUCUAAUUGAUUUGGAAGUUCUCUCUGUCAUUGCCUCACAGCUCCUAACAAUUAAGGCUGCAAAAGACAACUAUUCUGCCAGGUUUGUACUAGAAGGAAGAGAAAUUCGUAUCAAUAUGUCUUGUGCAGUAUUUAUCACCAUGAAUCCCAGAUAUGGAGGUGGAGUAGAGCUCCCAGAUAACUUAAAAUCUCUGUUUCGCCCAGUGGCAAUGAUGGUGCCCCAUUAUCAAAUGAUUGCUGAAAUAAUACUGUUUUCAUUUGGUUUCAAAUCUGCAAAAUCACUCUCUGGAAAGCUAGCUAACCUUUAUGAAUUAGCUUGCAAACAGCUCUCACAGCAGGAUCAUUAUGAUUUUGGCUUGAGAUCUCUGAAGAUAAUUUUAAUAAUGGCUGGAAAGAAGAAACAGGAGUUUAAAUGUGAUACAGGUGACAAUCUUUCUGAAGCAGAUGAAACCUUGAUUGUUAUUGAGGCUGUAAGAGAAGCUACUUUGCCAAAAUGUCCUCCUGAAGAUGUCCCACUUUUUGAAAAUAUUAUAGGAGAUAUUUUUCCAGAAGUGACAGUUUUAAAAGUAAAUCAACUUGCCUUGGAGAAAGCAAUAUAUACUGCAACUCAACAAUUAGGUUUACAAAACUGGUCAUCUCAGAAAGAGAAGAUUAUACAGUUUUAUAAUCAACUUCAGGUUUGUGUUGGUGUAAUGUUAGUGGGCCCAACAGGUGGAGGAAAGACAACGGUCAGAAAAAUUUUGGAAAAAGCAUUAACACUGUUACCAAUUGCAGACUUCUCAUCAGUUGCAGAAAGAAAAUUUGCUUCAAAGAUUUCAGGAAGAAAAGCAAAAGUAGACAUUUAUGUUUUAAAUCCAAAGUGUGUUACUCUCAGUGAACUAUAUGGACAACUGGAUCCUAAUACUAUGGAAUGGACUGAUGGAUUAUUAUCAGCAACAAUUCGAAGUUAUGUCUAUUUUAACACACCAGAGAACUCAAAGAAAGACAUUGAUCCCAGAUUACCAUCAAGAAUCUCAGAUUUAUCCAAUGUUUUCAAACUUGAUUCUUCUGAUACAACAGAUACUGCUGAUAAUAUUUUCGAGGAGUUAGAGAAAGAUGUUAAAAUUCCAGAAAAUAACAAUUUUGAUUGGCAAUGGAUUAUCUUAGAUGGCCCAGUGGACACCUUUUGGGUAGAAAAUCUGAACUCUGUGCUAGAUAAUACUAGAACAUUGUGCCUAGCAAACAGUGAGAGAAUAGCUUUAACUGAUAAAAUAAGAUUGAUUUUUGAAGUGGACAGUCUCUCUCACGCCAGUCCUGCUACUGUCAGUCGAUGUGCCAUGGUCUAUAUGGAUCCUGUUGAUCUGGGAUGGGAGCCUUACAUUAAGUCAUGGCUUUUGAAAACUUCUAAAAUUAUAUGUCCAUCAGGAUUGGAUUGUCUUGAAUUCAUGAUUCAAAAUAGUGUUACAGAUGGACUACAAUUUAUAAAGAAUCAUCAGAAAUUUCAACCAUAUCCUAUGCAAGACAUAACAAUCGUCAUAACCCUCUGCAGAAUUCUUGAUGCUUUCUUUGACUUCAUGGGUAAAAAUGGAGGAUUUGAACAAAGUGAUGAUUUGAAUGACACGUCAUCUAAGGAGGCAAAUUCUCAAAGAGAUUCUGUCACAUUCAAGGAUAUAGAAGAAAGGGAUGAAAAUACAUGGGAUCUAGAGAAAAAUCCUGAUAAAUUAACAAAAAUUAUUCAGAAGCUUUUUGUGUUUGCCUUUACUUGGGCAUUUGGAGGAGCUUUAAACCGCGAAGAUGAAUACAAAGAGGAUAUGCCAUUUUGUCCCAGUUUUGAACCUGAUUCUCUUGCAAAAGUAACAUAUGAUUUUGACAAACUUGUUCAUGAAUUAUUUGGAAGCAAUUCACAAGUAGGCAUCAACCUACCAACUGGUGAAUGUUCUAUCUUUGGAUAUUUUGUGGAUAUACAGCAAUGUGAAUUCAUACUUUGGUCAGAUGUAGUUCCUAAUGAUCAGACAUUAAUUCAAAAAGGUACUUCAUUAUUAACUGAUCUUCAAAGAUCUGGCGAAAACUUCUUCAAGAUAACGGAGUGUGGAGAAUGCAUUAAUUAUACUGCUACCAGAGACACAACAUGCCUUUCUUUUCUCAUGAGCCUUCUUUUAAAGAAUUCCUGCCCUGUGCUUCUCACAGGAGAAUCUGGUGUUGGGAAAACUGCCACUAUUAAUCAAAUGCUUGAAAAGUUAGAGGGUCCAGGACCAUUUGACAUAAAAUAUGGUUCAAUUUUAGGAGAUGUCCUAUUAUAUAAUGAAAUUAAAAAAUCAAGUAGCCUAAAACAGAAUAUCAGCAUCUUGAUACCUGAAACUCAUAAGACAUUAACUGGAAGUUCAGAUAAUCCCACAAAAAAGCCAGAAGUUAGGACUGAUAAAAGAUUAUCUAAAAAUAAUGAUCAUAAAGGAAUUGUAGUCUCUACAAUAAAUUUUAGUACCAAUAUGACAGCAGCCAAAACCAAGGAGAUGAUUCUUAAGAAGUUGGUAAGAAGAACUAAAGAUACUCUUGGAGCACCAAAAAACAACAGGACUAUAAUAUUUAUUGAUGAUAUGAAUAUGCCAGCAUCAGAUAUGUAUGGAGCACAACCACCCCUGGAAUUGAUAAGACAGUUGUUAGAUUUGGGAGGGGUUUAUGAUACUGAAAAAAAUACAUGGAAGAAUAUUCAAGAUCUGUCUAUAGUUGCAGCUUGUGUUCCAGUUGUGAAUGAUAUCAACCCACGUCUUCUCAAACAUUUUUCCAUGCUGGUAUUACCUCAUCCUUCACAAGAUGUCUUAUAUACUAUUUUCCAGGCUCAUUUGGGAAUUUAUUUCUCCAUCAAUAACUUCAUACCUGAAGUUCAGAAAAGCAAGGAUCAGAUAAUAUCUUGUUCCAUAGCUAUAUACCAUCAAGUACGUCAGAAUAUGUUACCAACUCCAACAAAAUGUCACUACAUGUUUAAUCUUCGAGAUAUGUUUAAGCUUCUCCUAGGAUUGCUGCAAGCUGACAGGACUGUUAUUAACUCCAAAGAGAUGGCUGCUCGCCUGUUUGUUCAUGAAGCCACCCGAGUAUUUCACGAUCGCUUAAUUGAUUUCACUGAUAAAAGCCUUUUCUAUAAAUUGCUUUCAAAGGAACUUGAGAACUAUUUUCAGAUUCAGUGGACCGAAGAAACCCUGAAGAAAGACUCAACUGUAUUUUUGGACUUCUUGAAUACAAACAAGACUCAUGGAAAAAAGAUUUAUCAGAAUACCAAUGACUAUAAUAAACUUACCAGUAUACUUGAUGAAUUCCAAAUGAAGUUGGGCUCAGCGUCUUUGGAGCUUUCUCAUUCCAUGGUGUUCUUCAAGGAAGCCAUAGAACACAUCACAAGAGCGACAAGGGUCCUUCGACAACCAGGGAGUCACAUGUUACUGAUCGGAAUAGAUGGAUGUGGGAAAAAAACAUGUGCAACCUUGGCCUGUUAUUUGACAGAUAACAAACUAUACCGAGUGCCUGUAUCUCACAACUGUGCCUACGUCGAAUUCAAAGAAGUCUUUAAAAAGGUGUUUAUUCAUGCAGGAUUAAAAGGGAACCCCACUGUUCUGAUGGUUCCCAAUUUAAACAUAGAACAAGAUUCAUUUUUAGAAGAUUUGAACUACAUCAUCAAUUCAGGAAGAAUACCUGACCUGUUUGAAAAUGAUGAGCUGGAUUCUAUUGCAAUAAAGCUCAGAUCUCUUACUGAACAGCCUGGUUAUAUGGAUAAUAGGCAAUCUUUACUUUUGUUCUUUCAAAAGAGAAUAUAUAAAAAUCUUCAUAUUUUUGUGAUCAUGAGUCCUGAAGGACCUAGCUUACGCCAAAAUUGUAGAAUUUAUCCUUCUAUGAUUAGCUCCUGUACAAUUGAUUGGUACGAGAGGUGGCCAGAAGAAGCUCUCCUUAUUGUAGCUAACUCAUUCUUAAAAGAAAAGGUCAAUUUCGAGAACAGAGAGAACUUGAAAGAAAAACUUGCCCCAACAUGUGUCCAAAUCCACAAAAGCAUGAAAGACUUGAACACAAAAUACUUUGAAGAAACUGGAAGAUUUUAUUAUACCACUCCUAGUAGCUACUUGCAAUUUAUGGAAACAUUUGCACACAUUUUGAGGACACGAGAAAAGGAGAUGCAAACAAAGAGGGAUCGCUUCUAUAUGGGUCUAUCCACAAUCCUGGAAGCAACCACACUGGUUUCAGAAAUGCAAGAAGAGCUUUUGAUUCUUGGUCCUCAAGUAGAACAAAAAACAAAGGAAACAGAAACUCUAGUGGAAAAACUACGGAAAGAAUCACAAGUAGUUGAGAAAGUUCAGAUGCUCGUUAAACAAGAUGAGGAAAUUGUGGCAGAAGAAGUAAGAAUUGUGGAAGAUUAUGCUCAGAAAACUGCCAAUGAACUAAAAAGUGUGCUGCCAGCCUUAGACAAGGCAAUUUUGGCUCUAAAUGCCCUGGAUAAAGCUGAUGUUGCUGAAUUAAGAGUAUACACAAGGCCUCCCUUCCUCGUACUGACUGUCAUGAAUGCAGUGUGUAUUCUUCUGCAAAAGAAACCUAACUGGGCAACAGCAAAAUUACUUCUUUCAGAAACUGGUUUCCUGAAAAAAUUGAUUAACCUUGACAAGGACAGCAUACCUGAUAAGGUUUUCAUGAAGCUAAAAAAAAUUUUAACCUUACCUGAUUUCAACCCAAACAAGAUUGCGCUGGUUUCUGUUGCUUGUUGCUCCAUGUGCCAGUGGGUUAUUGCUCUGAAUAACUACCAUGAAGUACAAAAGGUUGUGGGCCCUAAACAAAUCCAAGUGGCUGAAGCUCAAAGUGUCCUUAAAAUUACACGACAAAGACUGGCUGAGAAACAAAGAGGUUUACAGCUGGUUGAAGAACACUUGCUGUCUUUGCAGGCAGCUUACAAAGACACCAUUGCUGAAAAACAACUAUUAGCAAAUCGGAAAACAACAGCCAGCAGGCGCUUCCAGUGUGCAUCAGUCUUACUAACUGUCCUGGAAGAUGAGAAGAUGCGAUGGCAAGAAACAAUCAAUCAAAUAGAUAACAAAUUAGAAGGAAUUUUGGGUGACAUACUUCUUUCAGCAGCAUGCAUUGUCUACAAUGGAAUGUUAACAUCAGAAUUUCGCCAGUUGAUUGUGAAUAGAUGGGAGAAUUUCUGCAUUGAAAAUGGCAUUUCUUUGUCUUCCAACUUUUCUUUAAUUAAAGUUAUGGCACAAAAAUAUGAGAUUAGCCGAUGGCAUAAUCAGGGACUCCCUCGUGGUCAGUAUUCAGUAGAGAAUGCCAUCUUGAUUAAGAAUGGCCAGCAGUGGCCAUUGCUGAUUGACCCACAUAGGCAAGCUCACAACUGGAUCCGUCAGAUGGAAGGAUCCAGGCUGCAGGAGCUCUCCAUUGAAGACAGCAAUUAUACCAAAAAAAUUGAAAAUGCUAUGAAGACAGGAGGGUGUGUCCUCCUGCAGAAUCUCCUUGAGACAUUAGCUCCAGGCUUAAAGGCAAUUCUGAAAAAGGAUAUCUAUCAGAAGAAAGGACAAUAUUUUAUAAGGGUUGGUGAUGCUGAGAUUGAAUACAAUUCAAAUUUUAGGUUAUACUUAUCUACAAAAUUAGACAACCCCCAUUUUCUUCCAUCGGUUUAUAACUUUGUUACUAUGAUCAACUUUACCGUAACAUUCCAAGGUUUGCAAGAUCAACUCUUGUCUACUGUGGUAACUCAUGAAGUUCCUCAUUUAGAAGAUCAACGUUCCAAGUUACUGGAGAGUAUUUCCCUUGAUGCCAAAACUCUUGAAGAACUAGAGGAAAAAACAUUAAAUUUACUGCAGAAAGCCCAAGGAUCCGUGUUAGAUAAUGAAGAAGUUAUAGAUACCUUAAGAAAAUCCAAAAUGACAUCAAACGAAAUUUCAAAGCGCAUUGAAGCAACAAAAAAAGCUGAAAGUAAAAUCGAAGCAAUACGUAAAACCUAUCUCCCCAUAGCAACCCAAGGCGCCCUCCUCUACUUCCUAGUAGCUGGUCUCACACAAAUCAACUAUAUGUACCAGUUCUCCCUAGACUGGUUCCAUCAGGUUUUUGUUUCAUCGGUAGUUUCCAAAAGCAAAGAACAAGACCAUAGUUUUAAAAGGGAGAACGUGUCUCCAAAAGAAAUUCAUGAGAUUAUAAAUAUUUCAAAAGAACCCAACUUGGAAAAUGAGAAAAAUCUCUUAGAUAAGCAUAUUAAAAAUGCAAUAGAUGUGUUGACAAAAAGUAUUUUUAAGGUGGUUUCUUCAGCUCUGUUUAAUGAAGAUAAACUUUGCUUCUCUUUUCGGCUUUGCACUGCAAUCAUGCAAAAUAAUGCUAAUGGAAAUCUAAUGCAAGAUGACAUUGGAUUCCUACCAGAAGAAGAAUGGAACAUCUUUUUAUAUUCUGGCAUCUUGAUAAAUAUUAAAAGUGCAUUAUCCCACUCUAGACUUAUUAGCACAUUUGAAAUAUAUGAAAGUCAACAUCUUCAGUGGCUGUCAGAGUCCAGGUGGAGGCAGUGCCAAUAUGUCAGCAGUCACCUGGAACCAUUUUCACUUCUGUGCAAAUCCCUUUUAUCAAACGUAUCACAAUGGGAUGCUUUUAAGAACAGUAAAGCAGUUUAUUCUCUGAUCAGCACUCCUUUCACUUCUGAAAAUGCGUCGUUGGAGAAAAAUACAGAAUCACCGGAGGAAACUGAACUUUUGAAUGAAAAUAAAGACGUGUGUAAUCCUGUAUAUUUUCCUUGGGAGAAACUCACUUCAUUUCAAAGACUUAUUUUGAUAAAAAUUCUUAGACCAGAACAUUUAAAGAAUUCAGUGAGAAAGUUUAUAACUGAAAAAAUGGGAAAUGAAUAUCUUCAAAGAACUGGAGCUAAUUUGAAAGAUGCAUAUAAAGAAUCCAAUGCCAGAACUCCGCUGAUACUUAUUAAGUCUCAUGGGACCGACCUUACCAGUAUCCUCCUGAGAUUUGCACAAGAGUUAAAAGGAACAACCCAUCAUGUGACCAUGGUUUCUCUGGGCCGUGACCAGGCAGCUAAAGCUGAAGACCUCAUUUUAAAGGCACUAACGAAAACACAGCAAUGGGUCUUCCUCCAGAACUGCCAUCUUGCAGCAUCGUUUAUGCCAAGGCUUUGCACACUUGUAGAAUCUUUUAAUAGUCCAGGCAUGACAAUAGACCCUGAGUUUCGGCUAUGGUUAAGCUCAAAAUCAUACAGUUCUUUUCCAAUUCCUAUUCUUCAAAAGGGUUUAAAGAUUGCCGUGGAAUCUCCCCAGGGAUUGAAAAGUAAUUUACUUCAGACAUUUGGAUGUACUGGGAGUGGAGAGGUAAUGGAAGAGAUAUUUGAAAAUCCUGACUGUGGACAAUGGUGGAAAAAACUUUUAUUUAGCCUAUGUUUUUUCAAUGCUGUGAUCAACGAAAGAAAAAAUUAUGGAAUAUUGGGCUGGAAUAUUGCCUAUAAAUUUACUUCUUCAGACUUGGGGAUUGCCAUUAAGGUGUUGGAAAACUCCCUGAGAGGACAGCCCAAUAUUUCGUGGCAAGCACUGCGCCACCUGAUUGGAGAAGUGAUUUAUGGUGGCCGGGUGAUCGAUAACUGGGACAAGCAAUGCUUGAAGACCCUGCUCUACAAAUUUUGUAAUCCUGAAGUGCUGAAAGAUGACUUCAGUUUCUCCAGUGAUGGGAUAUGUCAGCCAGUGCCAGAAUCUGCAAGCAUAAAGGACUGCAUACACAUUAUCCAGUCCUUACCUGAUGAUGACCCUCCCGAGGUCUUAGGAGUACACCCAGAGGCCAUCAGGAGCUGCAGCGAGACCCAGGGCCAGAAGUUUAUUGAAAAUCUCACUGCCUUGCAACCAAAAACGACCACUACCAACCUCAUGAUCAGACCUGAGCAGAGUAAUGAGGAACUGGUGAUGGAAAUUCUCUCCGAUUUGCUACAUCGGCUGCCACUGACAGUGGAGAAAGAAGAACAUGCUGUGGGAAUGCCAACCACUUUGAAGAGCAUGAUGUCAAGCUCCAUUUGGGAGUCUCUUUCUAAAAAUCUCAAAGAUCACGACCCCCUUAUCCAUUGUGUCUUGCUAACCUUUUUGAAGCAAGAAAUUACACGAUUUGAUAAGUUAUUAUUUGUCAUACAUAAAUCCUUAAAAGAUCUUCAACUUGCUAUAAAAGGAGAGAUCAUCCUCACCCAAGAAUUGGAGGAAAUAUUUAACUCUUUUCUUAAUAUGAGAGUGCCUACAUUGUGGCAGAAACACGCCUACACGUCAUGUAAGCCACUGAGUUCCUGGAUUGAUGAUCUCCUCCAGCGGCUGAAUUUCUUCAAUACUUGGGCCAAAGUGGCUUACACUGCGAUACAGCGUCGGUAUAUGAGAUUUGUCACAAUUUGGAAGCAGCCUGUUCCAUCAUCUAGCCAAAAAUGCAAAUACCAUGAUGAUUCAGAGAACAAUCUCUUUGAAGGGUUUCCUUCAAGAUACUGGCUCCCAGCUUUCUUCUUUCCACAAGCUUUUCUUGCUGCUGUGCUUCAAGACUAUGGGAGGUCCCGAGGAAUCUCUGUGGAUACCCUCACCUUCACCCACCAUGUGAUUUCCGACACCACUGACAAAGAUGAGAAGUUCUCUGUAUUUAUGCAAAAGAAACUCAACAUAGUCAGGAGAGCCUUUAAGGGCUUAGACUCCUCUCACACUGGAGUUUACAUUUUCGGUUUAUUCAUUGAGGGGGCAAGAUGGAAUUGCGAACAAAAAAUACUGGAAGACUCGCUACCUCUGGAGAUGUGCUGUGAUUUUCCCGACAUAUACUUUUUGCCAACAAAGAUUUCUACCGAAACACCAAAUGCUUCUAGCCAGACGACAGAUUCAGAACUCCAUACUUUUGAAUGCCCAGUUUACCAGACACCUGAGAGAUCAAGAAUUCUGGCAACUACCGGUUUGCCAACAAACUUUUUAACAUCAGUUUACUUACCAACAAAGAAACCUCCUAGUCACUGGAUCACAAUGCGGGUUGCAUUGCUUUGUGAAAAGAAUGAAAAAUAAAUGUCCAUAC